GCCGACGCCGUGGCCGACGCCGAAGCCGACGCCGAACCCUACGCCGAACCCGACGCCGUACCCGACGCCGAACCCGACUCCGAACCCGACGCCAUACCCGACGCCGAAGCCGACGCCGAGCCCGACGCCGAACCCGACGCCGUACCCGACGCCGAAGCCGACGCCGAGCCCGACUCCGAACCCCACGCCCUACCCCACGCCCUACCCCACAGCUUUCCCAACGUCUUACCCCACGGCUUUCCCGACGCCUUACCCGACGGCCUUUCCGACGCCCUACCCGACGGCCUUCCCGACGCUUUCCCAACGUCUUACCCCACGGCUUUCCCGACGCCUUACCCGACGGCCUUCCCGACGCCCUACCCGACGGCUUUCCCGACGGCCUACCCCACGCCCUACCCCACGCCCUACCCCACAGCUUUCCCAACGUCUUACCCCACGGCUUUCCCGACGCCUUACCCGACGGCCUUUCCGACGCCCUACCCGACGGCCUUCCUGA